CAGCCUGAGCUGCCCAAACUGUCCCAGUGAACAUGGAUAUGGCGCUUUAACUUUACCAUUCAUUAACUUUCUCAAUUCCAUUUCUUUUCACUCAACAACAAAGCGUGGGAGCCCAUAGCUUGAAGUUUUCAAGAAAGCAACGCCGUUGCGUAUAGCGUGCUUUUACUAAGGAUUUUAAUACUUUAAGUUACGAUAAAAAAAAAAAAGUAAACAGUUGCAGUGACUUUAAGGGGGGUACGCCCACUGCCUUAAAUAUCACGUGGGCCGCAAUCACAUGAUCAAGAUGAAGUUGUUACUGAAGUAGAAUGGAAGAACUCUCAAAUUUGCUCUAAACCUGCAAAUCGAUUUAAACUGAACCGAGGAAACCCGCUGGAAGACCAGAUAGACAUGAGACUGAGGUGAAAUCUUAUAAAACAAAGAAAUGAAAUGUCUGCUGGUGGCCAGUGAAAGCGCAGAGGUACUGUUCUACUGGGCCGACCCUGAGUUCGAGCAGAACAUUCGAGAUCAGUAUGGACCCAGGCAGUAUGUGGGAGACACAUACCCUGCAUUUGAAGACAGCUUCAACACCCUGUUCGCUCCUCUGAUCAGCUCCUGCAGCACCCUGAUUGAAAAGAUUAACGGCACCUACACCUCCUUAAUCACAGAGAACACCCAUCUCUAGAUCCUCCACCAGUUUGCAGAAUGCCUGUACAACGAGGAAGACUUGAGGAGGAAGAUCUACAUGAUGAAGAAGCUGAUCGAGGUGCACUUCGGCAUGGUGACCCUCAACAGCGCCCACCUGAGGAAGGAGCUGUCCACACAGCCUGUCUGCAGCAGCAGCGGCAGCAUCUCCAUUCAGAGGGCAGGAGGGAAAGGGGGCACUUCUACUAACACCACCUACUCACCCAGCACAACACAAAAGGGGCCAGAAGGCAGCUCUGUGCCUGAAGUGUUCUACACCCCAGAGCCCUCUCCCACAGGCAGGGAAUCAGAUGCAGCUGAGAUGGAAGGAGAGAACACUCCUGUCUUUCAGUUUGUUGAUCCCGAUAUUCAGCUGGAUGAGGACAGCCUGAAGACCCUAGAGGCUCAGCCCCCUGACCCCGCGACCCCCCGCAGGGUCUUUCUGGAGGCCACGUUCAAGGAGGGUUACUGUCCCAUGAUGCCUCACUCCAUAUACUGCCUGCCCUUCUGGCCAAGUAUCUGAAUGGUGCUGUUGACCAAGAUCCCAAACAGUCAGGUGGCCGUGUCUCUGUACCAAUUUCUCGAGGCGUUCACAAUGCUGGAGUUGAAGCUGAGUGAGGGGCAGGAGGGGGGCUCUCCCCCGCACACAGACCCCCGCAACAAGCUGGACAAGUUCAUCCGGGCCCUGGGCAGCAAUGAGAUGCAGCUGCAGAACAUCUGGACUGACUUCAGGAACAAGGCAUUUUCCAGAGCAGCGCAGGGAACCUCCAGGGAGCUGCUGAUGUCCUGCCAUGCAAUGAAGACUCGGCUGUGUGCUGUCUACAGGCAGUACUUCGUUGUGCAGAGUCAAAGGAGCCCUCAGCGCCUCUCAGUGAGCCUGCAGGAGAAGAGCCUUGCCAUGAUGCAGCAAGCGUUUGUUUUUAUAAAACCAAUUGGAGAUGAUUUCAGCGUUCAAGGGAGAAGCUUAUGGAUUGGAAGGACUUCCUGUUGGUGAAGUGCGAAAGGAACAUCACCAUGGUGUCAUAUCCUCCCAGUCCCGUAGCCACCCGCUCUGGGGCCCUGUCGGAACAUACACCCCAAUAGAAGCCAGUAAUUAGCCAUUGAUAAUUCAGUAGCUUGUCUAAUAAUAUUAUGGUACAGAAGAUUGUUCAAUUCAUACCUUAACCUCCUGCUUACUUACCUGUACAUCAGCGUUUCUUUCUUUCUAUUGUGCUUGAGAUCCCCAGCCAGAAUCUUUCCGUCUCAACCACAACCAGUUGCUGCUCCUCUUUGCUGCUUCAGAUAAGUUCUUCACUGUGAUGGCUUGAUUCAUGCGUCCUUCACAAAGACAAAUCUGCCCGAUUCCAGCCUUGCUGAAGCACCCCCAGAUGAGUUCAAUUUUCAGCUUUGCCCAACACCUGGUAGUCUAAUGGUUAGACGGAGACCUGGAGAGGCCUACAAGCCACAGUGUCUCACACCCACUGUGAAAUGUGGUGGAGGAUCGGUGAUGAUCUGGGGGUGCAUCAGCAAGGCUGGAAUCGGGCAGCUUUGGCAUGAAUCAAGCCAAGUACAAGGUUGUCCUGGAAGAAAACUUGCUUCCUUCUGCUCUGACAAUGUUCCCCAACUCUGAGGAUUGGUUUUUCCAGCAGGACAAUGCUCCAUGCCACACAGCCAGGUCAAUCAAGGUGUGGAUGGAGGACCACCAGAUCAAGACCCUGUCAUGGCCAGCCCAAUCUCCAGACCUGAACCCCAUUGAAAACCUCUGGAAUGUGAUCAAGUGGAAGAUGGAUGGUCACAAGCCAUCAAACAAAGCCAAGCUGCUUUAAUUUUUGCACCAGGAGUGGCAUAAAGUCACCCAACAUCAAUGUGAAAGACUGGUGGAGAGCAUGCCAAGACGCAUGAAAGCUGUGCUUGAAAAUCAGGGUUAUUCCACCAAAUAUUGAUUUCUAAACUCUUCCUAAGUUAAAACAUUAGUAUUGUGUUGUUUAAAAAUGAAUAUGAACUUAUUUUCUUUGCAUUAUUCGAGGUCUGACAACACUGCUUCUUUUUUGUUAUUUUGACCAGUUGUCAUUUUCUGCAAAUAAAUGCUCUAAAUGACAAUAUUUUUAUUUGGAAUUUGGGAGAAAUGUUGUCAGUAGUUUAUAGAAUAAAACAAAAAUGUUCAUUUUAUCCAAACACAUACCUAUAAAUAGUAAAA